AUGGGAAAAAAAACUUCUAAACAUAGUAGAGCGGCAAGAAGGAGAGAUAUCGAUGAAAAUGAAGAUAAAUCAAAUCUAAUAUCAUCGAUACCAAAUAAAAACUCAGAUGUGAAAAAGUCAAUAAUUCGUACAACUAUUAAGAAUGAAAAUUUAUUAAAUAAAAAGAUGGAAUUAUCAAAAAUUAGAAAAUCUUCAGAUAGUAAUAAAAAGAAAUCAACUAGCUUGAAGCAUAAAAUUGAAAGAUCUACUAAAAUUAGUGGAAUUUUAGCUAAUAAGAUUGAUCAAAGUAUUCAAAGAGCUAAAUAUGUACAGAAUGCAAGAAAAUCUGAUUGGAAGAAAACAAAUUUUGAUAUAGAGAUAAAGAAUCAUUUAGCUAACGAAUUGAAAGUGGAUAAAGUGGAAUUGACACAGGAAGACUUGGAUAAAAUGGUAGAAGAUGAAUAUGUAAAGGAUUUUUUUGAAAUUACGAAAGAGGAUAAACCAAAAGAGGAUAAGGUAAAUUUGGCAACUAAUAAAUUUAGCAUUCUAGAUGAAACAGAGGCUUAA